GGCUUCACGGCCGUUUCGCAGCAAUGAUUCGUUGAGACCUCGACAAAUGCCCGCCUUCUGUAAAACCAGCCAAUCGUUGCAGCGCACGGUCUCCACCCCUUCAUGGUGUAUUCUGAGAGGGAGCGUGUCCCAGGCGCCUGGUGUUUUUGUUUCUGGCACACAAUGGAGGAGGGUCAAGAUUUUUCUCUUUGUGGGAAAGCAGCUGUGACUGAAGCCAAUCUAAGAGAUGAGUACUACUGGAAGCUCGUUGCAGACUUCAUUGGUCCUCAAUCAGGAGAAGAAUUAGAGCUUGAAAAGGGCCCCUGCAAGAACAGACUUAUGAUCCAAGUAGGACUUCUGAGAGAGGACAAUAAUUUUCCGUGGAUCGCCAUUGUGGAUUGGCUCAAGAGGAUCUUCCCCGCACAUCAGUCAGCAGAUUUUCGCCGUUUGAUUGAAAGAGGCAUUGCCACAACACUGAGUCUUGGAUAUGAUGCAAGGCUGGUCUUCCUGGAAUCAGAUGUCAAUUUUAAUUUUGUUGGACCAAUAUGUGAUAGCAUUGGAGUCGAGCGGCAAGAUCUUUUGGAAAUGAGGGAUUUUUCAGAUCGGGCAAAAUCGAUCGAAGUCACAAACGGCUUGAUUCUUGAACUGAGCAACUUUGUGAGCAGGGAGAAAAUUUCCCCAAUUGUUCUAGUAAGCUGGCUUAGAAACUUCAACUCACAGUACUGUAAGAAUGGCAAUGUUCAAAAGGCAUAUCAAGUCCUCAAAGCCAAAAUAAAAAAGUUAAAGGCGUUUUGCUGCAAUUCAGAAACAAGAAGUAACAGGAGGAAUGCAUUGGUUGAAAGUAUGCUUCAAAGUCCGUUUGAACUGGUUCAGAUAAAAGAGCCAAAGCUUAUUGUAAAGAAACGCAUGAGAAGAGAUGAGAGCAUAGAUUAUGAAAAAGUUAUAAUCAAAGAGGAAGUCGAGAUUUUUGAAAUCAUGGAAAGUGAGGGGCCUGAGAUGGACAGAGAUGAAAUAAGAGGACAAAACGAUCAUGCUGCUGUACAUAGAAAUUAUGAGGAUAUGGAUGUUUCCAACAGUGGAGACGAAACCUCGGGUAACACAGCAGAGUCUAUGACUGUGCUUGACAUCGCAAUGCUGACUGUCCAUAAACUGUCAAGUGUGUACAGCGGGAAAACAGAAGUGUGCAAGCAGGUUUCCCUGGAUCUCCUUAAAAAUCAGUACGCUCUGACAUUCAAAGACAAUCCAGCUAUGGCAAUGUUUGAGAAGAAGCUUGAGGCAAUGCAUGAACACAUUUCCCUUGUCUCUCCUGUCAUGUUUCUAAACUACAACGCCAAUUUCCUCGUUGAUGUGCACGAUGUAGUUGAACAGCACAUAUUUGACUUUGAAAAGGAGAUCAUUGAGUCAGCGGGAGAGAAACUGGGCCGUGAUAAACUCCCUAAAUUCAAGAACUUUGUCAAUUUUCCAGAAAGCGCCACCUCACGCUACAUUCACAUGGCUUGUGAUAUCCUAAGCCCUCGCACCCCUGAGAAGAAAAACUACAGGAAGUACUGGGUGGCUUUCUGUGAGGAAAAGAAUAAUCCCUCCAGACUUGCGGUAAAUCAGUCAAACAGAUUCAAUACCUACUUUGAAGCUGCUGCGGGUCUUAUUCACCAUCACAAAGAGAUCGCUCUCUUCUUCUCAGAUUUGCUGUCGCUGAACAACGAUAAAUGCCCGAACAUUAUUCUGGAGAGUGUUGCCGCAGAUGCGAACGACCCUGUGAUUCAGAACCUCGUAUGUGUUCUGGGAAUUGUGUACUGCAAAAUCCUCGGCCCUUACUGGCAGCUUCUGAAGAGUGGAGGAGAGUACGCACUCUACAGCCAGUACUUACUCUAUCUCUACCAAAAGUUUCUCGAUUGGUCCAAAGAUCCUUCAACUCUGCUGGAACCAGAGGAGGCCACGGAUGUCUUUCUGCAGUACCCACUGCAAGAGAAAACCUUUGACGGAGUGUUUCACUACUGUGGUCAGUGGCACACAAAUCGAGAUCUGAUCAGAGCUUGCUUGAAGAGGACGAUAAAAGUGAUUGCUUCAGUCACUGAAGAACACCUCAAGGAUUUUCUGCCAGGAGGAAAAUUUUCCCAAAUUCCUUCCACCAAUUUGAGCUUGCAGUUGGUCAGUUGCACGUUCUCUGUUUUGAUGGCGGAGUACCCCUUUGGCCACACAUACCCCUACAAGAGGAAAAGGCCUGAGAAGUCAUCAAAGUACUCUGUAGACGAGAACUUGUCAUCAGGCAGCUCCCAAGAAGACAAAUACUGUCAGUCUGCUUCAUCUGACGAGAGCUCUGAUGACUCUGACUCUUCCAUUUUGGAAGUUAGAAGGAGCACCUCAAAAGAAACCCGCAGUCCACAGAUGAGAAAAGGUUAUGCCAGCAAAAUAGAAAAGGCAAUAAAGGUGUAUGAGGAGAUAGAGGAGAACAUGGACAGGGAUUACAUAAUAGCUCAAGUGAAUAGAAACGGAGGGCCAUGCAAAACUCAGCAGGAUGUCGAUAAAAUGAUGCUGCGUUUCGAUGGAAAAUCCCGAGCUGAGAAACGGGAGGCGCUGCGCUGCGAGAUCGUGUAUCAGAAAAUGAUUCUGAACAACGCAAACUCUCACCUGGAUAUGGUUUUCCACAACAGCACACAAAUGGCACUGAAGCUGAAGCUUGCACUUCCGCGCGUAAAGCCUGGCUACUCUAUCGUUUUGGCGCCUAGAAAGACAAAAAAGAAGCCGGUGCUCCAGAACACGACGGAAGCUGCGACCGGUCCAAGUCAAAGCAGCAGCGGCACAUGAGUGCUUUAACUGUAUGACACGUAGAGAAGCGGUCAAGAGGAUGAAAUCUUAUCAUGUGACUUCCUCAUGUGACUGCAUGGCUUCGGACUAAGCAAAAAUGCAUACACUAACCUCAACCUUUCAGCAGACUUAGCACAUAAUGUAUUAUUAUGUAUUGUAUUAUUAUUAUUAGUUGGAAAGACUGGAUAUUUUUAUAAGUAUUUUUUUUUGUGAUAAUGUCGGAUCAGUUUGUAACUAAUCCUCACAUAAAAGAUGUAAAAUUGA